AUGAAGGUCCUCGCUCUCUUCUCCCUUGCCUCCGUUGCCGCCGGUGUAACUAUCAGAAACCACUUCGAAGAUAACUGCAGGGGUGGCUAUCUCGAUUUCCCCAAUAUCCCACCAAAAGUCUGUGCUGUUGCCAUCUCUGGCAAUGUAAGGGGUGCUGUCACUGUUGCCUACUCCCAGGUGCCUCUGUACUCGCCCAUUUAUGGCUGGCAGGCCCGUGAUGGUUAUACAUGUGGUACGAUCGUGAAGGGAGACAUUAUCGGAUCUGGCGACAGCAAGUGCCUGGCAAAACUUGCCGGUACUGCUCUAUACUCUGGUAGCAGCUGGAGCCAGCCAGGGCUGCUUAACGUGAAAGGAGGGAAGGAUGUAGCCUGCACUGGCAAAAUGGCCCCCCACUCAAUUGUCCUGAACGAUGGACACAAGUACUCCCUCAACAGCAUGGAUAACGAAAUGUUCAAAACAUUAUAUCGCAUGGCCGUUAAGGGAGCCACGUCUCAAGAGUUGCCAAUCGAGUAUGCAGCAUUUGAGAUCGAAAUGGAGACUGUUCAGCAGCGCGCCCAAGAGAUCCAGGAUUAG